UAAAACACUGUCCGUGCGGGUUAAAUGUUGUUCACACAGAGUGUGCAAUAUAGAUUAACGAGAGCCUGCAGCCUCAGCAUUUCUCUUGUGUGUACAUCAGUUCAUGCGCUGACAGCCUGACCAAGCUGGGAAAUUGGCAUGCCAGUAACUGGUUCCCUGUGAUUAGGCCGGAAUAAACACCCCGAUGUUACUUGGAAACUGUUGACUUGUUCUAUUUUGCAAUCCACGAGGACUGGGCACCAGUUGCUUCCCGAUGACUUUCUGAGUGGAAUUUUCCAGCCGUGGGGGACAGCGAAGUGAACUUCUCAGCGAGUGAUGCUGCCGUGAGCGUAUCCCUCACACUUUUCUGCCCAGCACAGGCGUCCUGAUUGAUCCGACCAUUUGAAUGUGUUACUCCUCCUUGACGACGUUCGUUUCUGAGCCGGUGGUAGGAACGUGACAAAGCACGGGCAGAGAGAAACCAACGACAUCACCUUGCAAACUCCACAGCCUCCCAAUGUGUCAUCUCUCCGGAGAGGCAAGCAAGAAAUUGACUUGGAGAUACACGGACAGCAACAGCGUAAAACUGGUUUCUAAACAAUACAAAGUGAAAUUAUUUGACCGUUGUGACCAGAAAUGUAAGCAAUAAUCGAGUGAAAAGGACUUCAGGGAUGUUUGGAAGGAGCCAAAUGGAAUGCCAGAAAUAAUUGAGUCACUGGGAUGGUGCCCAGACUGAGUUGAUGGUCAUUUCCUCGCCACCGACAUCUACACACGACUCAACACAGGCUCCGGUCUCAGCCCAAAGACUCUCCCUCGCUCUCCGUUGGGUGCAGCCGGCAGAUUUCCUCCGGAGAUCGGACGGGGGUGUUGGUGGGGGGCGUGAGUUGCCCCAGCUCUGUGCACUAGCCGCUGGCUGGUCGGUUGCUACAGAGCCCGGAACCUGAGCGGUAACACGGCGGCUGCUCGGCUCAGGGAGGCAGCACUGGGAUGGGACUGACCUGGGUGCUGCAAGCUGACUGUCUCCCAGUUUCUGGUUGCUGAGAAGCCAGCCGCUGCUUUCCAGAAGCCGGUGAGGGAAACUAAACAAGAGGGUGAGCUCCACACAUUUCUGCACCUGACCCUAACUGACCUCGGUGGCACCAUGAAUGUGACCCCGUUCAGUUUGGAAUUACUUGGAGGAUUUUCCAGGAACGUUUCCCUAUUCCCUCCCAACAGCAACCUGAGCUUUUGGGAGACGAUACACUUAAACAUCAACCUGCUGUUCUCGGGGUAUGAACCCACGACCAUUGUCUUGGGGGUGAUCUACACUCUGUCCUUCAUCAUUGGGUUAGUGGGCAAUAUCAUGGCUUUGAGGGCCCUCACCAGGAAGAGGAGGAACAGACUGGAGGGAGCCACGACCACCCGGAGUCUGUUGGUGAACUUGGCGACCUGUGACAUGAUGGUGGUAUGUAUCUGCAUGCCCGUUACUCUGGGCCACCAGGUCUACAACGCUUGGGUGUUUGGAGACUUCAUGUGCAGGGCCGUCCCGUUUGUGCAGGCAGUUGCUGUCUCUGCCAGUGUCCUAAGCCUGGCAGUGAUCAGCCUGAACCGUUACUACAGUGUGCACAACCCCCUGCACGCCAGGUCAUUCUUCACCUGGAGGAGAAUCUGCUGGAUGAUCGCCGGGGUCUGGCUUCUGUCGUCCGGCCUCUGCAUGCCUUUAAUCUUCAUGAAUCAGACGGAGGAGCUGGUCCUUCUGGACGGGAAGCUGACCAUCCCGGUGUGCACAGAAAGCUGGUCCUCCGUGAGGCUGAGGCAGGGCUAUAACUUCCUUCUGUUCUGCGCUCUCUACGGCUUCCCGGUGCUCUUCAACCUCCUCAUCUGCUUCCUGACUGCCCGCCGCCUCUGGAGUAACCAGGACCGCUUCCAGGAGGGUAACAAGAGGCACUUGGUGGGGAACAGCUCCCGGCUGAAGACCCGCAAGAAGAUUGUCAAGAUGGUGGUGGCUCUAGUUCUCCUCUUCACCUUGUCCUGGCUGCCCUUCUAUGUGAUUGACAUGUGGAUUGACUUCAGCGUUCCCAAUGCCCAGCCGGACGGUGCCCACCAGGACUGGGUCCUUCAAGUUCGAUCCUUUGCCCAGUGGUUGGGUCUCACCAAUUCCAGCCUCAACCCUCUCUGCUACUGCUUCAUGGGCAACCUGUACAGGUCAGUGAAGAGGAUCAAGAAAAGCUACAGGGAGCGAAUAUCUUCUGCCCUCAACCUGAACUUUUCUCAGACUCCACUCAACUCCUCGAUCCUGCUGUCUUACCGAGCUGCCAAUGACAUCCCCAAAACUGACUUCAACAACUGGACAGGCGGCCAGACGCUCACUAAAGGCGAAUGCGGUUCCUCUGGAACUAUUUGCGAAACAACGUUCGAAUAAACACUGUAAACCUUAACUGUAGUCAACUUGUUCAGACAGGAGUUACCUCGGUGUCCUUUACCAGACCCCCUUUAUGCCGAGUUCAGGCAAUCAGGAGUAUGAUUUGUCAAUUGUUUCGGUGUUUUGCUCCUACAGUUUUUUUAAAAAACUUACUUCUUCCUGCAAUUUCCCUUUGAAACGGACGGGAGCGCUAUUAAUGGGUCAACAUUCUGUCCCAGUCCUAUCCCUGCCUCUUUCAGGAGUCGGCAAGCAACAAGUUAUCAAGCCCUCAGAUCAAAAGAGAAGCGAGAGCGAAGGACAAAUGCAAUGCGAAGGGUCUGAGCUGUAUGAUUCUAUCACUUUAUGACUAUGACUGAACCAGUUGCCAGUUCAAGAAGAGCGCCAUCUGUCAAAUAUAAACAGAACAUAAAAUGAAAUUAUGGCAUUGUAGUGAAAGGUGAAAAUAUGGCACGUGGAUAAUAAUCAUUGAAAAUAAAAGUAAUGGCACUCUGAUUAAGUCACUCUCAAGCAUAGUCCUAAGAUGUUGCUUUCUGACUUUGCAUGUUACAAGAGUCUUCCAGGUUAUUAUUCAGACCUUCUGAUUUUGGACAUACUGUCUGUGGAGCAGUUAAGAAGGAGUGAGAUAAUCAUAUUGAGGUUCUGGAGAAAGGCCCUCUGUCAUUAAACAGAACACAAAUAGACUUAACAUUGAAAUAGGUCUGGGUCCUCACACAAAUACAGACUUGUAAAGGACAGAAAUCUGAUGUGCGGUUUCAUUCCACUUGUGCUAGCCCUCUGCACUAGUGCUGCUGAAUAAACUAAAUUGAACGGAGAUUCAUCACAAGGCAACUUGAAAGCAUUGCUAAAAGCCAUUGCUAAAGACUGGAACAUGGGGAUGAAAUAGAUUUAACUCAGUAUGCCGAAUAAAUCCUUGUAAAGUUUUCUUUUUGUGAAAAUGUUUUGU